GAGCCGGGAGCCCGACUGCCAGGAGCGCGUCACCGCCCGGAUAGCGGGAAGCGCUGCGGCGUGGCAAGAAAAGAAACAACCGAGGGCGCCCCUGAAAGAGCAAGAGCACGUGGGCCUGCGAGAAUGGCGCUGACAGCAGCCCCGCCAGGCGGCGCCCCGCAGCCGGGCCAGACGGCUUUACCUCCGUCCCAGUGGCCGCCGCCAACACGACCAUGGCGGCCCUGCCGGCCAAGAAGCAGGCAGUGCGCAGGCGCACCCGAGGACCAGCAGGUGGGCGGGGUCAAGAUCCGGAAGUGCCUUUUACUACGGGCCCUUCCGGAAACCCGGCGGGCCGGAACUGCCUGGAGUUCCUGCCCCCAGACGGAACCUCGCGUUGCUCGGCAACCGGUGCGUGCCCGGCGGACUCGCUCCACGCUACCCGGAGCAAGCCUAGGGUAGCGGCUCCCUGCUGCGCAGGCCUCCUCGCGUCGCGCCCGCUUCCCCGAGAGUCGCGUCCUCGCGCGUCGCGGCAUCCCUGCCCUUGGCACUAUUUACACGUCUCCGGCUCCCACGACUCCUUAAACCCCACCUGCUUCAGAGCCCGCCUCCACCGCAGGGGUGGUGGUUCGACCCCCGACAUGGCGUCGGCGAUGACAGACCGCAAUCCUCGGGCGACCCAGGCCUCCGGCACUUACACCUAUACCAGCAGGCCCCGGGCCGUGCCUUGCCAGCGCCGCCGCUACCGGGACAGCCUGUUACAGUCACCUGAGGAACCUUUGAAUUACGGAAACAUAAUGUAUGACAGAAGGGUCAUCCGAGGCAACACCUAUGCCCUGCCCACAGGCCAGGUGCCCGGACAGCCUGACCCUCUAGAGCUUCAGCGACAGCAGCAGACCAGGAGGAGGGCUCUUGCCAGAAAAAGAGCCCAAGAGCAGCUCCGACCACGAACACCUGAGCCUGUGGAGGGCAGAAAGCAUGUGGACGUGCAGACGGAAUUAUACCUUGAAGAAAUUGCUGACCGUAUAGUGGAAGUCGACAUGGAAUGCCAGACAGAUGCAUUUCUGGACAGACCACCAACUCCACUCUUCAUUCCUGCCAAAACUGGCAAAGAUGUGGCCACUCAAAUACUAGAAGGAGAGCUCUUUGACUUUGACCUUGAAGUCAAACCAAUGUUACAAGUUCUGGUGGGGAAGACAAUUGAGCAGGCCCUUCUGGAAGUGAUGGAGGAGGAGGAGCUGGCCAACCUGCGGGCCAGUCAGUAUGCAUAUGAGGAGAUCCGGAACGUUGAGCUGGCUGAAGUACAGCGGCUGGAAGAGCAGGAGAGACGGCACCGAGAAGAAAAGGAACGCCGUAAGAAACAGCAGUGGGAAAUUGUACAUAAGCACAAUGAGACGUCACAGAAGAUCUCUGCUCGUGCGUUUGCACAGCGGUACCUGGCUGACCUUCUCCCGUCUGUCUUUGACAGUCUCAGGAACAGUGGCUACUUUUAUGAUCCAGUUGAAAGAGAUAUUGAGGUAGGAUUCCUUCCGUGGCUCAUGAAUGAAGUUGGAAAAACCAUGGAACACAGCAUGGUGGGAAGAACCAUGCUUGACAUGUUGAUCCGUGAAGUGGUGGAGAGAAGGCUAAACAAUUACGAGCGUAAGGAAGACGUACAGCCCUCUGCGAGGUUGGGUAAUGUGUUUGGUGGUGCUGACUCAGCGAUGACAGAUCCCUCGGUGAGUUUAGAAUUGCAGGAGCCAACCAUAUCCCAGAGCCAGAAGCCAUUUUUAGAGAGAGACUCCACACAGAGAACACCAUCCCAAGAGAAGAAGCCCAUGGAAGAGGGGGAGCCUUCUUGGCAGACUGACCAAGAGGAAUUGAAGGAGCCUGUGGGCGAGGGGCGCUCACAGUCAGAAGAGUUCUAGGAGGCAAGAAGCAGUUCGGCAGCUGGUCAGUAAUAUAUAGUCAGGUACUGGUGCAUGCGACCCCAGACGUUAGAAAUUAUGUGAUAUUUAUCCAUCAAAUCAAUUAUAACACAAAAUAAAACUGAUAAAGACACUUCAUUUAUUUAACAGACUAUUCGAAGACCAUUUGUCAUACUAAUUAGAGUCUUGUCUAAUUACUAGUUCCCUAUCACUGUCAUUUGUAACUAGGAAGUGCAUCUUUUCUCAGUCAUUCUAAUUUCGUGAUUAAUUCCUUUUUGGUAAGCCUCUUAUCUCCUGGCAGAUAGUAGUGCUUUAAGUGUGUCUUCUCUGUAGGAAACUCCCCCACUCACUUUGUAAAGAAUACCUGAGUGCUCCUGAAGGCUGAGCAAAGACCCAGCUCUGGUUUGUGUAAAACUAAGCACCACCCCUCCACCUUCGGUAUUUAAGGCAGGCUUACUAGCUGCUCUCAACGGGUUACAUUCUUGCUUCUGUCUUUUUCCGCAUUUCAUCCAUAGGAAAUGUUUAGGCAACACCAGUAAAAGCCAACGCCGCUGUCUCUCCCUCCACGCACAUGCCUCCAUUGUAGCCAGCUCCUUUUGUGCGUUAUUUAGGUCUAUUCAUGUUCCAACAUUUAGAAAGUAUAGGCUUUGACUUUGUAGCUAAUAAAUGUGUUGUUUACAUAGUUUAUCCUUUA